AUGUCGCUCAAGUGCGCCGUGGAUCUCGGCAUCCCGGGCUCUAUCCACCGCCGCGGCGGCACCGCCACCCUGGCCAACACCAAGGUGCACCCGGCCAGGCUUGCCGACCUCCGGCGCGUCAUGGAGCUGCUCAGCGCCUCGGGUAUCUUCAGCGCCACCGCCUGUGCUACCGAUGGCACGGCCGCCGAAGUGCAGUACGGGAUGACCACGGCGUGCCGCUUCCUCGUCGGCUGGCGCAACCUGUCCCCCGUGGCGCAACCUGACCACAGCGAGCUCUUCCUCGAGGUCAUCCUUCUGGACAAGGGCCGCAUCUUCCGCGGCCUGAGCUCGCUCGUGGAUGUCGGCGGCGGCAACGGCGCGGGCACGCGGGUGAUGGCCAAGGCGUUCCCGCGCAUCAAGUGCGACGUGCUAGACCUCCCUCACGUUGUCGGCCAGGCCGCCGGUGACCAUGGCAACCUGCGUAUCGUCGCAGGUGACAUGUUUGAAUCCAUUCCACCCGCGGAUGUUGUCUUGCUCAACAACAUCAUGCAUGACUGGGGUCAUCAAGAUUGCGUCAAAAUACUUCAACUUGCAAGGAGGCUAUCCCUGCCAAGAACUCAGGAGGGAAGGUGA